ACUUGGAGCAUUUUCAGAAACACUGAGUUGUUUUUGCAUACCAGGAACCUUUCAGAACGGGACUAUUUUUACAUUGAAGUAAGCAAACGCUUUUUUUUCUUCUCGACACUUUGCAUUAAGCUUUUAAAGAAAUGUCACACGAAACAUUCAAUAAUUCAUUGUCUGACAGAGAGUUUCGAGAGCACUCACACAGACUGUAUGGGUUGGUGGAGAGAGAAAUACCUGACCCUAUGCAGCUUCAAGACAAAAUUAAAGAACUCCAGUUGGAGUUGAGCACCCUAAAGCUCAAAAAGAAUUAUUACCAAAACAAUUACUAUCGCUUAAAAGAUGAGCAUGAACACAGGUGUAAAGACGUGCAGGAAGAAUCUCUCCUUGAGCAGAACAGCAGCAUUGCUGCUCAGUUGUCCCAGAUGGAAAGUGAGAGAAACGAACAAAAGAAAGAGAACGCAAAUCUCAAGAAAGCCUUAAAGAAUCUUGAGUGCCAAGUGGGAGAAGCUCAUCAUAAAACAACAAAAAAAGAUGAGAUAAUAGAUAAACAGAAUAGGGAAAUAGUGCACAAGAUAGAACAGAUAGUUGAGCUGAAAAAAGAAAUAUGUAUUCUUCAGCGUAGGGUGAGACAUGCUCUGGACGAAAAGCAGUCACAGGUGGAAUCUGUGGAGGCUAAACUCCAGGAACAGGUUCAAACCAUUCAGAUGAUGCAGCAUGACUUUGUGGAAAAGGAAGAAUCUCUCCUUGAGCAGAACAGCAGCAUUCCUGUUCAGUUGUCCCAGAUUGAAAGUGAGAGGAAUGAACAAAAGAAAGAGAUCGCAAAUCUCAAGAAAACUUUAGAGAGUCUUGAGUGCCAAGUGGGAGAAGCUCGUCAUAAAACAACAGAAAAGGAUGAGAUAAUAGAAAAACAGAAUAGGGAAAUAGUACAAAACCAGGAACUGAUAGUUGAGCUGAAAAAAGAAAUAUGUAUUCUUCAGCAUAGGGUGAGACAGGCUCUGGACGAAAGGAAGUCACAGGUGGAAUCUGUGGAGGCUAAAUUCCAGGAACAGGUUCAAACCAUUCAGAUGAUGCAGCAUGACUUUCAGGAAGUGGAAGAAUCUCUCCUUGAGCAGAACAGCAGCAUUGCUGCUCAGUUGUCCCAGAUUGAAAGUGAGAGGAAUGAACAAAAGAAAGAGAUCGCAAAUCUCAAGAAAACUUUAGAGAGUCUUGAGUGCCAAGUGGGAGAAGCUCGUCAUAAAACAACAGAAAAGGAUGAGAUAAUAGAAAAACAGAAUAGGGAAAUAGUACAAAACCAGGAACUGAUAGUUGAGCUGAAAAAAGAAAUAUGUAUUCUUCAGCAUAGGGUGAGACAGGCUCUGGACGAAAGGAAGUCACAGGUGGAAUCUGUGGAGGGUAAAUUCCAGGAACAGGUUCAAACCAUUCAGACGAUGCAGCAUGACUUUCAGGAAAUGGAAGAAUCUCUCCUUGAGCAGAACAGCAGCAUUGCUGCUCAGUUGUCCCAGAUUGAAAGUGAGAGGAAUGAACAAAAGAAAGAGAUCGCAAAUCUCAAGAAAGCCUUAGAGAGUCUUGAGUGCCAAGUGGGAGAAGCUCAUCAUAAAACAACAAAAAAAGAUGAGAUAAUAGAUAAACAGAAUAGGGAAAUAGUACAAAAGCAGGAACAGGUAGUUGAGCUGAAAAAAGAAAUAUGUAUUCUUCAGCGUAGGGUGAGACAGGCUCUGGACGAAAAGCAGUCACAGGUGGAAUCUGUGGAGGCUAAACUCCAGGAACAGGUUCAAACCAUUCAGAUGAUGCAGCAUGACUUUGUGGAAAAGGAAGAAUCUCUCCUUGAGCAGAACAGCAGCAUUCCUGUUCAGUUGUCCCAGAUUGAAAGUGAGAGGAAUGAACAAAAGAAAGAGAUCGCAAAUCUCAAGAAAACUUUAGAGAGUCUUGAGUGCCAAGUGGGAGAAGCUCGUCAUAAAACAACAGAAAAGGAUGAGAUAAUAGAAAAACAGAAUAGGGAAAUAGUACAAAACCAGGAACUGAUAGUUGAGCUGAAAAAAGAAAUAUGUAUUCUUCAGCAUAAGGUGAGACAGGCUCUGGACAAAAAGAAGUCACAGGUGGAAUCUGUGGAGGCUAAAUUCCAGGAACUGGUUCAAACCAUUCAGAUGAUGCAGCAUGACUUUGUGGAAAAGGAAGAAUCUCUCCUUGAGCAGAACAGCAGCAUUGCUGCUCAGCUGUCCCAGAUUGAAAGUGAGAGGAAUGAACAAGAGAAAGAGAUCGCAAAUCUCAAGAAAGCCUUAGAGAGUCUUGAGUGCCAAGUGGGAGAAGCUCAUCAUAAAACAACAAAAAAAGAUGAGAUAAUAGAUAAACAGAAUAGGGAAAUAGUACAAAAGCAGGAACAGGUAGUUGAGCUGAAAAAAGAAAUAUGUAUUCUUCAGCGUAGGGUGAGACAGGCUCUGGACGAAAAGCAGUCACAGGUGGAAUCUGUGGAGGCUAAACUCCAGGAACAGGUUCAAACCAUUCAGAUGAUGCAGCAUGACUUUGUGGAAAAGGAAGAAUCUCUCCUUGAGCAGAACAGCAGCAUUCCUGUUCAGUUGUCCCAGAUUGAAAGUGAGAGGAAUGAACAAAAGAAAGAGAUCGCAAAUCUCAAGAAAACUUUAGAGAGUCUUGAGUGCCAAGUGGGAGAAGCUCGUCAUAAAACAACAGAAAAGGAUGAGAUAAUAGAAAAACAGAAUAGGGAAAUAGUACAAAACCAGGAACUGAUAGUUGAGCUGAAAAAAGAAAUAUGUAUUCUUCAGCAUAAGGUGAGACAGGCUCUGGACAAAAAGAAGUCACAGGUGGAAUCUGUGGAGGCUAAAUUCCAGGAACUGGUUCAAACCAUUCAGAUGAUGCAGCAUGACUUUGUGGAAAAGGAAGAAUCUCUCCUUGAGCAGAACAGCAGCAUUGCUGCUCAGCUGUCCCAGAUUGAAAGUGAGAGGAAUGAACAAGAGAAAGAGAUCGCAAAUCUCAAGAAAACUUUAGAGAGUCUUGAGUGCCAAGUGGGAGAAGCUCGUCAUAAAACAACAGAAAAGGAUGAGAUAAUAGAAAAACAGAAUAGGGAAAUAGUACAAAACCAGGAACUGAUAGUUGAGCUGAAAAAAGAAAUAUGUAUUCUUCAGCGUAGGGUGAGACAGGCUCUGGAUGAAAGGAAGUCACAGGUGGAAUCUGUGGAGGCUAAAUUCCAGGAACAGGUUCAAACCAUUCAGAUGAUGCAGCAUGACUUUCAGGAAAUGGAAGAAUCUCUCCUUGAGCAGAACAGCAGCAUUGCUGCUCAGCUGUCCCAGAUUGAAAGUGAGAGGAAUGAACAAAAGAAAGAGAUCGCAAAUCUCAAGAAAACUUUAGAGAGUCUUGAGUGCCAAGUGGGAGAAGCUCGUCAUAAAACAACAGAAAAGGAUGAGAUAAUAGAAAAUCAGAUUAGGGAAAUACUGCACAAUCAGGAACGGAUAGUUGAGCUUGAGGAACACAUUGAAAGCAUGAAACAGUUUGGUGCAGAUCUUAAGAAUCAGCUGAAUGAACAUCUGCUGGCUGAGAUUUAUGCCCUUAAAGAAAAUGAAGAAAUCCUCACCAAAAAGAAUGAAACCCUCAGUGCUGAGUUAGCCCUGCUCCAGACAAUCACUGAGAAAAAAGACGAAGAGUUAAAAAAUCUUACACAGCAAAUAUUUAGGAUGGAGGAUGCGGUUAAAGACAUCGAAAAUGUAAAACGAGCCCAACUGGAAUCUGUGAAGGCAAGAUCACAGGCAGAGAUUAAAACCAUUCAGAUGUCUCUGCAUGAGCUUCAGCAAAAGGAAGAGUUUCUCCUUGAGCAGAACAGCAGCAUUGAUGCUGAGAGGAAUGAACUAAAGAAAGAGAACACAAUUCUCAGGAAAGGUUUAGAAAAUCUUGAGUACCAAGUGAGGAUGACAGAAAGUCUGACACAACAAAUAUUUACACUUGAGGAAAUAAUCAAAAAGCAGAACUGCAAAAUUGUGCACAUGCAGGACCUAAUAGAUGAACUUUAUGAACAUCUAGAAAUGAAGAGAAAGAUCAAUCAAAAUCUCAAGGAUCAGCUGAGAAGGGAGGAGGAAGGAAAAAUAUUAGCUGCUGCGCACAAUUUUGAAGACAGUUGUCAGAUCACUGAUGAACCUCUGCAGCUGGAGAAUCUUGCUCCUGAACCUGAGGACCUUGAUUCUCCUGUGUCAGAACCAUCUCCUGAUGUGGUUCUGACACAGGAGAAUCUUGCUCCUGAACCUGAGGAGCUUGAUUCUCCUGUGUCAGAACCACCUCCUGACGUGGUUCCGACUAGUAGUUCAUGGCGUCAUGGCGCCAAACGGCUACUUAAAGUAGGUUUAGGUCUUGCCGCAGCAGGCAUUCUUAUUCCUGCUGCUUAUUGGGCCUUUUCAAUGUAUAACAGCUGUUCCCCAUAUGACUCUGUCUAUGGUGGCCUUGAGCCAUAUUGCUACCUUGGUGAUGGAUCAGUUCCCCUUUAAAGACUAGUAAUGAUGGACUGCUUUUCAUCCACAGUCCAGAAAAACAUAUGUUGUUCAUGUUAGACAACAUGAGCAACAUUUAGCUAACUUGUGCUCUCAUUUUUCUUUUCUUUUGCCUCUCACCCCCCAACCAGUCGAGACAGAUGGCUGCCCCUUCCUGAGCCUGGUUCUGUCAAAGGUUUCUUCCUGUUUAAAGGGAGUUUUUCCUUUCCACCGUGCCUAGUGCUUGCUCACAGGGGAUCAUUUGAUUGUUGGGGUUUAAUUUGCUUGAACUAAAAAACUUCAAGUUUUGAAGUUUUUUAGUUGGCGUGAUUGGGAGGAACGGCCUCCCUGAUCUGAAUCCGAGCGGUGUUUUGUUAUUGGACUUCUGUGCAAAUCACAGUUUGGCCAUAACGAACACCUUGUUCGAACAUAAGA